AUGCUGUACGAAACAAACUUUUCGGCUAGUUGUGAGCUGACCGGGUGGACAGGCGAGCUGGAGCCACGUCUGACCUAUGACUUCACGUCGCAAGUCCACGCCCAGGUGACCCACCUCGCCAGCGUGACCCGGAUGUCCAGCUUCACCGUGCCGCUGGACCUCGUGGCCGGAGACCCUGCAGGCGCGUGCGCCGUGCUCGUCAACGUGCAGGGAUUUCUGGGAGGUGUCCUGAGGGCAAAUACCACCAUCAGUCCUCAGGUUAUUCCACCUGUUCAGACCCACGCUGGAAACUGCAGACACGUGUUUGAGCGCAUGUGUGAAAUCCAGGAGCUGCUGCUCGCGGAGGGAUACAAGGAUGCCCUGCUGGCUGUGGAACGACUCGUCACGUACUUCAACUUCCUUCAGAACCAUAUCGGCACUGAUUCCCGUGCAGCUUUGAACAGCUAUGGUCUGACUGCAGUCGUGAACCAGAUUCUUUCAUACACAGACAUCACUGAUAUCAACAGCACCUGCAUAGGAGGUGACAAACCAGAUACACCUUGGGGAGAAGCAAUCAACUUUCCUGGCAACUGGCUGAACAUCACAACAGUUGACG